ACUACAUAUAUAUGUAGCAAGAUCUGAAAAGGUUGGAAGUGUGCAGAGAGCAUGGGUUAUGAUAUCGAGCGUUUCGUUGGCUACGUGAAUGAAGGGCUGUUAUGCUCCAUCUGCCGUGAUGUGCUGGAAGAUCCCUUACAGGCUCCUUGUGAACACGCUUUCUGUACUGCUUGUAUACAUGGAUGGCUUGUUCAUCACAGUAACUGCCCGGAAGACAGACAGAUGAUUGACGUGUCUUUGCUACGACCUCUCUACAGAUAUAUGAAAAAUGAUUUGAACCGCCUUCAGCUACAUUGCAAAAACAGAGAGUUUGGCUGUGAAAUGGUUUGUUCUCUGGAGUCUAUAGACAGGCACGAAAGGGAGUGUGAAUACAGUCGGAUACCUUGCUCCAAUGCCGGCUGUACGGUUCAGAUCGAACGACGUAACUUAGACGGCCACCUGGCAGUGUGUGAGCACCGGAGCCGCGAGUGCCCCAACGGCUGUGGUUACACCGUUCUCGGCGCAGAAGACACGCAGCACAAUUGCGUGGCGGAGCUGAGAACCGAGCUGGAACUACUGCGGUCAGAAAUGAUCUGCAGAGUGGAGGAGGCAAAGCAUGAGAUGGAGUCAAGGUUAGAUUCACAGAGAAGGCAUAUGGUCCAGAAAGAGAGUGUUCUGCAAAAUGAAAUUGAAGAACUAAAGAGUCAGAUGUCACGAAUGAUGUCAGAUGUACGCUCUCUGAUGGCUGCAGAAAGGCAACACCGUCAAGAGCUGGAGCAGGCGGAGCUGGAAAAACGGGAAUUAAUGGAGCUGCUGAAGGGGCUGCAGAAGGACUGUCGAUUAACUACUACAGAAGGAAGCAGGAAGUCAACAAAUUUCCGCCCUCUGACACGACUAGAGAGUGUAAAACGAAAACCUAGGGAAGUUACAGUUAUCUGA